AAACCCGUAUACUUCGAUUUAGGCUUCUUUUCAUUUCGUGAAAAGCUUGGGACUCCGUCUCUCUCCGAAGCCGACUAGCUGCUACUCAGCUCGCAGGAACCGCAACCCGUUCAGAAGAUUUGUUGGUAGAGUUAGCUUUUGAGGCCAUGGUGGGCUGGCAGAGACACAUACAAUUUGUGCUUCGUGGUGUUGGGAAUAGGGUGGAACAUAGUUACAACGUAUCUGCCAACUUUUCUUCGCAUCGCUUGGAAUCCUCUAUUUCUCCAUGUGAGUUACCUUAUCUGCAGAGACUAUGGAGACCACCUACUGCAAACAUCUCAAGGCCUUUUUAUCAAUAUUUUCAACAAUUGGGAGUUUCCAGUUCAAGGAAGUUACUAGCUGAUUCUUCUGAAGAAGCAGCCAUUCCAUCUCCAUUGACUCCUGUAUUAGCAUUAAAUAGUGGAAAAAGUGAAGAUCAGAACCAGAAAGCAGUCUCUAAGCCUUCCAAAGUUCAAGCCAUAUUAAAGGGCAUUAAACAGAGUCCAAAGAAGGUUAACUUGGUUGCUGCAUUAGUUCGUGGGAUGCGAGUUGAAGAUGCAUUGUUGCAGUUGCAAGUGACAGUAAAGCGAGCUGCAAAAACUGUAUAUCAGGUUAUUCACUCAGCUCGAGCAAAUGCAACACAUAACCAUGGGUUGGAUCCAGAUCGUCUCCUUGUUGCUGAGGCAUUUCUGGGAAAAGGAUUGUAUAAAAAGAGAGUUUCCUACCAUUCUAAAGGAAGAUGUGGAGUCAAAAUGAGACCGGAGUGCCGACUAACGGUGGUAGUAAGGGAGAUGACGGCUGAAGAGGAGGCGGAGAUUGCCAGACUUAGAGUCCAUAAUUUCCGCAAGCUCACUAAGCGAGAGAGGCGGCUUGUACCUCAUAAGCUUAUUGAGACGACUCCAGUCUGGAAUCGCAAGGGCUAUGGCCUACAGUCCUGAAACCAAGUAGAAGGUUCUGUAGAAGUGUCGAGAGAUCUCUUCCCAUGUCUGAAUUUCAGGUAGAAAUUUUCUUGUAGAAAUGUUGGAGCAACCUCGUUUAAAUCUCAGAUAACACUUACAUUCAAACAUUUUUAUUUUUAAUUGUCCUUUUUUCUUUUCAGAUAAUAAAAUUUUAAAUUGGACCAA